AUGAACCUGUAUUUCACGGAUAUCAACUCAAAAGCGUCAAAUUCCACGUCACUUGCAGAGUAUACAGUGCAUCUUCUGUUAUUGCUGGUCAUUGAAGUCAAGCCGAGUGAAGAAACGUACGGAUUACUUUAUGAAGCAAUAUCAUCUCUACUUGUCCUUUUAUCAGCUCAGGUCGUCGGCUAUGGCGGGGACGAAGUACCGACCACUUGCAAGUGCUUCACUUCAAGGAAAUGUUCAGCGGAUGCCCCAGCAUUUGUGCGUAGACUGUUGCUUAACAUAGCUGAGAACCAACCCUGCCCUCCCAGCAUGCUCACAGACAAUCAAAGGCCUGGAAUGCUCUGGAAUGCUGCUUCGACAAUUGCAAGUGGCUUGAUGUCAGUCGUCACACUCGGCUACUCGAGGCGUUCCUCCAGCACAAAAUCGGAUCCAACGGAUUCGGAUGGCUUUGGUGACGGAGUUCUUCACCCUCUGGCCAAACAGAGCUGCCAUCUUCUCCUUGUCCUCACCACACAAUCAACCGGUGUGAUAUCUGUGGCCACGUCAGUUGACAGUGACAACGAGGGCGCCGCCGAUCCCAUGAUAGCUGUCACUUCAAGGAGCAUCUUCCGUGAUCUCGGGUCCAAUCCCUACCGAGAGGCAUUGUUUGCCCUCACGCCUUGUGACGACGCGGAGCUGAACGGCGACAAAGUGAAGGAUUUGGAGGCGGGUCUGGGUGGUGGUGGUGAUAGCGAUGCCCUCAGCGUUCCCUUCAACCGAGUCACUGAAACCCUGGCGUCUACCGUGAACACCGACAGUUCUGUUUUGUUGCUCUACCUUCUCCUUCAUCGCAAUGACUCCCUUCGCGCCUACGUCAUGGGCAAUCGACUCUACGAAAAAUUCACACUUCCAAUUUGUUUGAUGCUGCACCAAUCACCUGCCGGCAAUUCGCAUCUUAUCUACAUGGCCCUGAUUGUUCUUCUGAUUCUCACCGAGAAUGACAAGUUCUCGAAGGACGUGCAUGAUAUCCCCUUGAAGAAACUGCCGCCGAAUGUCGAUCGACAAGUCGCCGGCGUCUCCUUGGGCAGCCUUCUUGUGCUAGUCCUCACCCGGACCAUUCAACACCACCUCAAUCAGCUACGGGAUAAGUACCUGCACAUUAACAGUCUGGCGGCGUUGGCCAAUCUCUCACCAAAAAUUACCAACCUCCAUCCCUACGUUAGCCAGGCCUUAGUGGGUCUCCUUCAAAAACUCGUGAAACGCCAUAAGCGACUGGUCAACGAAGUCCGCACGCUAAACGACCACUUGAGGGACGAAAAGAAAACCCCAGAUUCCACCGCCUCGGCCGCUUCUCCGCCGGACGUUCGACUGAACAUGAUGUCCUCGUCGGACGCCUUGCUACAGGACCUCUCUCUGCUGGAGGAGGUUAUUCGAAUGACCCUGGAGAUCUUCAAUUCCAUCCUGACGCAUUCCCUUCCUACGAACACGCAUCUUGUCUACAGCCUGCUGUACCAACGUGAAUACCUCGCACCCAUUCACACCCAUCCCUCCUUCCACGACUUGAUGCAGAACAUCGACACGGUUCUGGGUUACUUUGCAACACGGAUAGAGAAGGAGUUGGGACCACAUCCGACCGAGACGUCGAGCGUGAUGACUGUCAUCACGAAGUCGAUCGGCGACUUUGCGCGCUACCACACCCUGAAGGAAUUCCAAGAGCUGAAAUUCAAGUAUGUGGAGGAGGACUCGCCAGACGAGUUCUUCAUUCCCUACGUCUGGUCCCUUGUCUACCGGCACUCGGGAUUGGCGUUUGAGCAGAAGUCACUGCACACGCUGGGCACGUAUGAGUACUCGGCCGGUGACGAGGAGACCGUUGCCGCAGCCACCAAGGACCUCAGCACCCUGAACACCAGCAUGGCCACCUAG